UUUUUAAGAUUGGGACUUGAAGUGAAAAAGGAGGACAACUUUUCCGAAUGGUAUUCACAAGUCAUAACAAAGGCAGAGAUGAUAGAAUAUUAUGAUGUAAGCGGCUGCUACGUGAUUCGUCCAUGGGCGUUCGCGAUUUGGGACGUAAUUUACAAGUGGUUUGAUGCGAAGAUAACGGAGCUUGGUGUGACGAACUGUUAUUUUCCAUUAUUCGUCAGUAAGGCAGCGCUUGAGAAAGAGAAAACCCAUAUUGAGGAUUUUUCUCCUGAGGUCGCUUGGGUUACUCGAUCUGGACGGUCUGAGUUGGCGGAACCCAUUGCUUUAAGGCCCACCAGCGAAACGGUGAUUUAUCCGAGUUUCGCUAGGUGGAUACAGUCAUAUCGGGACCUGCCACUAAAGGUCAAUCAGUGGUGUAACAUAGUGCGUUGGGAAUUCAAGCAUCCUACUCCUUUCAUACGAACGAGGGAAAUUUUAUGGCAGGAAGGACACACUGCAUUUGCUUCAAGGGAAGAGGCUGUCAUUGAAGCAGCCACUAGCCAUCACUUAGGACAGAAUUUUUCGAAAAUGUUCGAAAUCAUGUUUGAAAAUCCCAUAACGAAAGAGAAGGAAAAUGUCUAUCAAAACAGCUGGGGUCUUACUACGCGAACCAUCGGCAUUCUUACGAUGAUUCACAGCGACAAUCGAGGCUUGGUUUUGCCUCCAAAGGUCGCAAAGAUUCAGGUGGUUGUCAUACCUUGCGGUAUAACUUCGAGCUUAAAAAAGGAGAAAGCUGACGAAAUCCAUGACGUUUGCGUCAAAGUGAACGAACAGUUGGUCAAGGCGGAUAUCCGAAGUUUCUGUGACCUACGAGAAAACUGUUCUCCUGGCUGGAAGUUUAAUCAUUGGGAGCUGAAGGGAGUGCCGCUGCGCAUUGAAAUCGGUCCUCGCGACCUAGGCCAGAAGCAAGUGACUGUCGUUCGGCGCGACACUUCUACAAGGCAAGUGGUUCCGCAGGGUGAUCUAGUGGAUAACAUCGCGCAUAUGGCCAUGAAGCAGCUUUCGGAACAUCGCGUGACGGUCCACGAUUGGGAUGAGUUCUUGGCGAAAUUGGAGGCAAAGUGUAUCAUUUUGGCGCCGUUCUGUGACGACAGUGGUUGUGAAGAAAGGAUCAAGAGAGACAGCACGCGUGAGGAGCCGUCUGAACCUGGUGCCCCGGCGAUGGGCGCUAAGACUUUGUGCAUCCCUUUUGAACAGCCACAAAUACCAUCCGUUGGUUGUAAGUGCAUCUAUCCUCAUUGCACGAGGAGCGCCGUACAUUAUGCUCUAUUUGGUCGUAGCUACUGA